AGAGGCACAUAUAAAAAACGAAAGUCAGCGCAAGGGAAACAAGUGCACAUGGUAGAUGAAAGCUGACGGGAAGGCAGCGCGGAAACAUCUCAGAGCACUCUUUGGUGAUAACGGGUGUGUGCAUCGCGUGGUGUCCGAAGGCACAGCAUCAUGAGCCAGUGGAAGCAGAUUCAACAGCUGGAGAUCAGACUCCUGGAGCAGGUGGAUUACCUGUAUGACGAUAACUUCCCCAUGGACAUCAGGCAGGGGCUGGCCAGCUGGAUCGAGUCUCAGGACUGGGACACCGCGGUGAACGACGAGUCGAUGGCUGGCGUGCUCUUCACUAACCUGCUGACCCAGCUGGAGAGGGUGCGCUCGCAGGAGCAGAACUUUCUGCAACGACACAACAUGAAAAUAAUCCAGCAGCAGCUGCAACUGAAAUACGCCACCAAUCCUGCUGUAAUGGCCAGAGUCAUCUCCACCUGUCUCAGGGAAGAGCGCCGUAUUCUCUCCAGUGCCUGCAUGCAAGAACAGGGUCCUCUGGAGAAGUCUUUGCAGAACUCUGUGGCGUUUGAGAGGCAGAAGAACAUGGACAACAGAGUUGGGAUCAUCAGGGGCAGCGUGCAGUUGAUGGACCAGGCUGUGAAAUACAUCGAGGACAUGCAAGAUGACUUUGAUUUCCGCUACAAGACCCUGCAGUCUCGAGAAUCAACUGAUAGAAACUCUGACGUGAUGAAACAGGAAGUAACAAGACUACAGGAAAUGCUAAACCGGCUUGACUUUAAAAGGAAGGAGAUUUUAUCAAAGAUGGACGUUGUGAUCAAAGAGAUUGACGACCUGAUGACCUCUCAGCUCAACCCCGAGCUGCAGGACUGGAAACGAAGGCAGCAGAUUGCUGCCAUCGGGGGUCCUCUGCUCACCGGGCUGGAGCAGCUGCAGAGCUGGUUCACCCUGACUGCCCAGAGCCUUUUCCAGAUCAAGCGUCAGCUGGACAAACUGGGGGAGCUGGUGGUGAAGGUGACCUAUGAGAGCGACCCAAUACCCCUGCAAAAGCCUCAGAUGGAAGAGAGAGUGAAAUAUCUCAUCUACCAUCUCAUCAAGAGCUCAUUUGUGGUGGAGAAGCAGCCAUGUAUGCCCACACAUCCACAGAAACCCCUCAUCAUUAAGACUGGAGUACAGUUCACCACCAAAGUCAGACUCCUGGUUAAACUUCCAGAAGUGGAUUAUCAGCUGAAAGUGAAAACAACAUUUGACAAGGACCUCCCCCCGGGCAGAGUAAGUCGUCAGUUUUUCAUCCUGACCAACAACACUAAAGUUAUGGACAUUGAGGACUACUCAAACGGCUGCCUCUCAGUGGAGUUCAGACAUCUGCAGCUGAAAGAGAAGAAAUAUAUCAACGGCACCAAAGGGAACGAGGGCCUGCUCUCUGUGACAGAAGAACUUCACUCUCUCAGUUUUGAGGCCUGCUUCACGGUGCAGGGCCUCGCCAUCGACCUGGAGACGUGUUCCCUGCCGCUCGUUGUGAUUUCCAAUGUGAGCCAGCUGCCUGGAGGCUGGGCCUCCGUCAUGUGGUACAACCUCCUGACUGAUGAGCCGAGGAACCUGGCUUUCUUUGGGAACCCUCCUCGGGCCAGCUGGAGCCAGCUCUCUGAGGUCCUCAGCUGGCAGUUCUCCACUUUUGCCGGGCGAGGCCUCAACAAAGAGCAGCUCACCAUGCUGGGAGAAAAGCUCUUUGGUCAGCAUGCCUCCUGCAGCGACUAUCAAGUGUCCUGGUCCAAGUUUUCCAAGGAGAAUAUUCCAGGGAAGCCGUUCAGCUUCUGGAUGUGGCUCGACUCGAUCCUGGAGCUCAUCAAGAAGCACCUGCUGCCGGUCUGGAAUGAGAACUACAUCAUGGGAUUUGUGAGUAAAGAGAUGGAGCGAGCCUUGUUGAAGGACAAAGAGCCAGGCACGUUCCUGUUACGCUUCAGCGAGAGCCACCUCGGCGGAAUCACCUUCACCUGGGUGGAGCACGGCGAUAACGGUGAGGUGAAGUUUAACUCUGUGGAGCCUUACACUAAAAACCGGCUCAGCGCGCUCCCGUUCGCCGACAUCAUUCGAGACUACAAAGUGAUCUCAGACGGGGUUGUCCCCGAAAACCCACUCAAGUUCCUCUACCCCGACAUCCCCAAAGACGAGGCCUUCGGGCGGCUUUACAACAGCCAGCCCAGCAAAGUGCAUCCUUACAUCCCAUCAACCCUGAUCCCCAUCUCAGAAAUGCGCUCCAACGCGAGCACCACCCCGCGGUCGUGUCAGUCUCCGGAGCCCCCGAUGACACCUGGAGAGUUUGACAUGCUCAAUGAGCACCUGUGCUUCGACAUCGACACCAUGAGCUCUCCGUAUUCAGAGUAAAAAGAGGGAAGAAAAAAACAUCUGCAUCUGGAGCUUCUUUGAAUCCUUUGUCAAUAUCGUGACUCCCGUGAGGCUGUUGUUUUUACAGAGUUUGUGGUUAAUGUGUUUUUAAAGCAUAUUUUGCUUUGUUGUCCAUGAAAGAAAAGUUUGUAUCAUGCUGGUUUUGUGCCUUUAAUAUUUUGCAUGUUCAGUCAUGUUUUUCUAUAAGAAAUGAAUUGUAUAUAAAUCAAUCUGAACAUGUUUUGUUUAUGUUUUUUGUAGUUGACAUUAUUUUGAUACUUUAUGUCUGCAUCUGUCUCUUUUACCUGUUUGUUAUUGGCAAAAAAGUUAAAUACACGCAGUGUUUUGAUUCCCUUUGUCUUAAACUCAUUCACACAGUCGCUCAGCUCUCCUGCCCCCUGCUGGUCACCUCACUGAAACAGCACCGAGGUUUUGUGCUUUUAUUUCGAAAGCAGUAGGAAGUGAGACGUCGGCAUGUAACAGCUGCUGCUGCUUGGCGGUUUUUACUUACGGCGUUUCUGGAGAAUCACGUGAUUCUCGGUGAUUGUUGAAGGGUGAGGCUGUAUUUGGGUUCUUGCGGAAGUAAAAAAAAACAACAACAGCAAAAAAACCAACAACAGCAAAAAACACGGCUGAGGUGUCUCAGUGUUGCUGCUGCUGCUCAGAAAUUAUUAUCAUAAAGAAUAAAUCAUUAUUUAUACCAUGUUAUUCAUGAAUCCCCAUUACUCCUAAUCAGAUUAUUUACUGUAUGUGUGAACCUCUGGCCACAGUCAGGUUAUUAUGCAACAGCAUGGCUGAACAUUUUUUUAAAGAAUGUGUUGACUUAAAAAGUACAACUUUGUAUUACAGAAGAUCAAAAAUGCCAAAAUAAAAAGUAAAUCUUGGUGCUUUGACUGACAGGUGUGUUCAGACACAGGCAGGUGUUAAAUGUCUUUUCGGCAUUUCCACUCCUUUGAGUCCCAGAAUUUGACCUCUGGUCUCUGUCUCUGUGAGUUACGCCUGUGUGAGUAAUGGAGGAAACUUGUGAGCUGAAAGCUCAGCUCCCCACCCUCUCAUCCAAAUAUAGUCACUUCUAGUUUAAAGAAAAGUAACAUGGAAGCGGGGGUGGUAGGUGGAGCUACAGCAUUUUUCAGUGAAUGGAUGGGGGUUCAGUGUCUGUUCUUGUCCAGGGAUGUUUCUGCAUGCAGACUGAAGGACCGAGGGAUCAAACCCUGGAUCUUCUGAUUAGUAACGCAGGUGCCAAAAGUAAGACAUUCUGUACUUGAGUAGAAGUACAGAUGCUAGUGUUUUAAACAUAAGCCAAGUACUGAUUCAACUUCUUUACUCAAGUAAAAAAGUAAAAAAGUACUGUCUCUGAUAUUUACUCAAAGUAAGAAUGUAAAAGUAGCUCUUUGGAGGACUUUUCUGCCAGCUGUUUUUGUACAAAGGCAACUGAAUCUUGUGCUGUAUUAAUAAUAAAAUAACAUAGUAGUA